AUGUUAAUAAAUGCGCAAACUUUUCAGUACUAUAACGGUGAUUUUCUUCUUGACAUGGUUUCAAGAAACAUUAAAAUCCCAAAACUACACAAGUGUAAUUAUCACAGAAUACUCAGCAGUCAAUCAGAAAUUGUACAGUAUGAGGUUUUCAACCCAACCAUUAUGGAAUACAUUUCUGAAGCAAAACUCUGUAAAAAGUUAGUUAGCGAAGUAUCCAUGUACACAGACUUUUCUGGCUACGAACAUUUAGUAGAGAAAGAAUUGAACAACUAUCCCAUAACACUUGCAGAAUGUAGAGAAAUGAUAAACAGUAAAAAAUGUGGGUUUGGAUCUUUAACGAAAGGUAGUUCUAACACAUGGAGCACCAAUAACAAAAUAGAUGUAGAUUAUCCGAAUAGAUUCACUAGCUUCUUCACUCCGAAAAGAUAUUACAAAGAAAAUUGUAUUGUUAUUGAAACAAAAGUUUACUCACAUUAUAAUCAAACCAAGCCAACUAAUAUUAUGGCUGAAAUGAAAAAUUGUAAGUAUCAAGACGGUUUUUGUGAGAUUAAGAAAAAUGAAAUCGUCACUUGGGAUGUCAACAGAGAGCAAAAAUGUCAAUACAUCUCGAUUGGAAUACUAGAUGGAAUGUAUAGCAACAAACUUUGGGUUAACAAUAAAAACCAAAUUGCUCUCAACUUCCAAUCAGAUAAAACUAUACAAGAUUGCAAUUCGAGUCUAAUGAUCAGCGAUGAAGGCUUUGCUGUAAGAAGAAUCAAUAGAGCUGCAGCACAAUAUUCUCCGAGGCAAAUUCCAGUAUCUAUUCCAUCACACUCUCAAAGACAACAACUGGAGGAGGACAGAAGAAAACGUGAACAAGAGGAGCAAAGAAAGCAGCAAGAAGAUAAUAGAAGACGUGAACAAGAAGACAGUAGAAAACGUGAAGAACAAUCGAGACGUGACCAAGAAGAUGCUAGAAGACGCGAUCAAGAAAGACAAAAACUGAAUGAAGCAGAUUUCGAAAAAAGGAAACAAGAAAAAUUGAAGAGAGAAGAAGAAACGGAGAAAAAGAAGCAAGAAAAGAUUAAAAAAGCUCAGGAUGAAGCUGAAAGAAAACUAAUACAACAACGGCAAGAAGAAGAUUGGACUGUUCAUGAUGAGAAACCAAAAGAUAAUCGUCAUCCACCAAAAUCAAACAGAACCAAAAGAGAGAUCACAGACCAUCGAGCAAUCUUCCAACCACUACCCCUACCAGAUUACAAUGAAUACUUAAAAAUAAAACAAGACUGUGACAAUCUCCCAAGUUAUGAAGCUUUCAAGAAUAGCAGAGAUGGAUGUGAUUCGCUCACAAGUUAUACAAAUUUCAUCAACAGCAUUGCAAACUAUGAGAAAAAUCAACAACACUUUAAUUUAUCUCAAACCUGGAGACCUCUACCAUUCCCCGGCUACGAAGAAUAUUUGAGUAUUAAAGAAGAUUGCAACAUUCUCCCGACUUACGAGGAAUAUAAAACAAUCAGAGAUAGCUGUCAUGCAUUUCCCAGUUAUACAGACUUUAUAAAAAGAAUAGCAAAAUAUGAAAUGUUCGAAACAGAUUGCGAGCAUAGAAUAGGACAUCCGGAUGAUUGA